AAUCAUGCCAUUAAAGAUAAAAUGAUAAAGUUUAAAUUUAGUUUUUUUUAAAAUAUAGAAGAAUAUUAACUAUUCAUUUUUUUCUAAUAAAAAAAUAAACACUCACUUAUUGGCUACCCAAAGCAAGUCAUCACUUUUAGAACUCUACUCACUUUCCACUUCUAACAAGUAGUAACAAUGGCCAAAUCCACCAAAAUCACCACUACAAUUUACACUACAUUUCUCCUUCUCUCACUAUUCUCCCCACUCAUUCCCUCCACUAAAUCACAAGACUCGCCGCCGGCACCAGUAGCUCCGGCGCCGAGUCCCGGAGUUGAUUGUUUUAGAGUGUUAUAUAACAUGUCCGAUUGCUUAACAUUUGUUGAAAGAAAAAGCAAUUUGAGUAUACCUGGUAAAGGAUGUUGCCCUGAAAUUGCUGGAUUGUUAGAUAGUAAUCCUAUUUGCUACUGCCAAAUGCUUGGGCGAGCGCAUUCUGGUGCUAAAAUCGGAUUCAAUAUUGAUGUUGAUAAGGCUGUUAAGCUUCCUUCUGCUUGUAAUUUGGAGUUUCCACCAUCUAGCACUUGCUCAGAUCUUGGCAUCCCAGUAGGAGCUCCACUGGCAAGUGAGCAAAGCCCUGCUCCAUCACCUGGAGGAUUUGCAACUAGUCCUACAUCUGAUAGCAAAGAUAAUGCAGCUUCAAUCAUUGUAUUCUCGAAGAUGCAACUCCUUCUUGGCGUGGCCAUAAUGUUUUUCACUAGCCUUUUUUGAUUUAAUAACAAUUCUUGGUAGAUAUUGUUACAAACCUUGAAUCAGUAGAGACACAUUUAUUUUAUAAUUUUCUAUGUAUCUUUUCCAUAUUCAAAUCAUUAUGGAUAGAUGAAGAAAUUUCUCUUUGACGAUUUUAUAAAGUUUUUUCAUG